CGUCGGUUUCGCGACGAAAAGGAAGAAACAUCAUCAUUUCGAGCCACGUCUCAUCGAGUCAAAAUCGAGUGAUUUUUAUUUCGCGUUCGCGUUCCAUGUCGGUGCUGCUGGUUUUGGAACGAAUUUUCGGUGGAAAAUAGUGUCGGAAAGUGCGGAAAAGCUGCGAAAAUGCCACUUCGACUGGACAUCAAGAGGCGCCUAACGUCCCGCUCGGAUCGGGUCAAAUCGGUCGACCUACAUCCCACGGAGCCGUGGAUGUUGUGCGCCCUGUACAAUGGACACGUCCACGUCAUGAACUACGAGAACCAGCAGCUGGUCAAGGACUUUGAAGUGUGCGACAUUCCGGUGCGAUGUGCUCGCUUUGUGGCACGCAAAAACUGGAUCAUCACCGGCUCGGAUGACAUGCAGGUGCGCGUCUUCAACUACAACACACUGGAAAAGGUCCACUCGUUCGAAGCCCACACGGAUUAUGUGCGGUGUAUUGCGGUGCAUCCCACCCAGCCCCUCAUACUGACCAGCAGUGACGAUAUGUUCAUCAAGCUGUGGAACUGGGAAAAGAUGUGGAGCAUGCAGCGGGUGUUCGAGGGUCACACGCACUACGUCAUGCAGAUCGUGUUCAACCCCAAGGAUAACAAUACCUUCGCCAGUGCGUCGCUGGAUCGCACCGUCAAGGUGUGGCAGCUGGGCUCCAACGUGCCGAACUUCACACUCGAAGGGCAUGAGAAGGGCGUAAACUGUGUGGAUUAUUACCACGGAGGCGACAAGCCCUACUUGAUAUCCGGCGCGGAUGAUAGGCUGGUUAAGAUUUGGGACUACCAGAAUAAAACGUGCGUCCAAACGCUGGAAGGACACGCGCAGAACGUGUCGGCGGUGUCGUUCCACCCGGAGCUGCCGAUUGUGCUGACAGGAUCCGAGGAUGGAACCAUCCGGAUAUGGCACUCGGGCACAUAUCGGCUGGAAACGUCGCUGAACUACGGCUUCGAACGGGUGUGGACCAUUGCUUGCAUGCGGGGCACAAACAAUGUGGCACUUGGCUACGAUGAGGGUUCCAUCAUCAUCAAGGUCGGCCGCGAGGAACCGGCCAUGUCGAUGGACAUCAACGGGGGCAAAAUCGUGUGGGCCCGACACUCCGAGAUGCAACAGGUCAACCUGAAAGCCCUGCCCGAGGGCACAGAAAUCAAAGAUGGUGAACGGCUACCGGUAGCUGUCAAGGAUAUGGGAGCAUGCGAAAUCUACCCCCAGACAAUCGCUCACAACCCCAAUGGACGAUUCGUAGUCGUGUGCGGUGAUGGCGAGUACAUCAUCUACACCUCGAUGGCCCUCCGCAACAAGGCCUUCGGUUCGGCGCAGGAGUUCGUGUGGGCCUCGGAAAACAGCGAGUAUGCCGUCCGGGAGUCCAGCGGCACGGUGAAGCUGUUCCGCAACUUCAAGGAACGGAAGAGCUUCACCCCGGAUUAUGGCGCUGAAGGUAUAUUCGGCGGACAACUUCUGGCGAUCAAAACGUCCUCCGGACUGUCGUUCUACGAUUGGGAAAAUCUCGAACUGAUCAGAAGGAUUGAAGUACAACCAAGACACGUAUUCUGGAACGAAGCUGGAACGCUGGUUUGCCUGGCCACGGAAGACUCGUACUUCAUUCUGCAAGUUGACAUUGCGAUGAUUCAAAACGCUUUGGCCACGAAACAGCAACUCAGCGAAGACGGUAUCGAGGAAGCGUUCGAUGUUCUGGGUGAGGUCAACGAAGCCGUCCGCACCGGUCUGUGGGUAGGAGACUGCUUCAUUUACACAAAUUCGGUAAAUCGAAUCAAUUAUUACGUCGGCGGAGAGAUUGUCACCAUUUCUCAUUUGGACCGGACUAUGUAUUUGCUCGGCUACGUCCCCAAGGAUAAUCGGCUCUACCUCGGCGACAAGGAACUGAACGUGACCAGCUUCGCGCUCCUGCUCUCAGUGCUCGAGUACCAGACGGCCGUGAUGCGGCGGGACUUUGAAACGGCCGAUCGCGUUCUGCCAACCAUUCCCAAGGAGCACCGUACCCGGGUAGCGCACUUCCUCGAGAAGCAAGGUUUCAAACAGCAAGCCCUGCAGGUUUCCACCGAUCCGGAGCACCGGUUCGAUUUGGCGCUUCAGAUAGGCGAUCUGGACACGGCCCUGCUACUAGCGCGCGAAUCGGAUAGCCCGCAGAAGUGGUCUCAACUGGCCAGCAUUGCCACCAGCAAGAACAAAUUCGAUCUGGUUAAGGAGUGUCUGACCAAUGCGAACGACUUUGGCGGGCUGUUGCUGCUGGCGACCAGUUCCGGGGACGUUGACAUGCUGCGGAAUCUGGGCGAGAACGGCGUGUCGCAGGGCAAAUUCAACAUCUCCUUCCUGUCGAUGUUCCUGCUGGGCGAUUUGGAAAAGUGCUUGGACAUUCUUAUCCAAACCAAUCGGAUACCGGAAGCAGCGUUCUUCGCUAGAACGUACCUGCCGAACAAGGUGUCCCACGUGUUGGACAUCUGGCGAACGGAACUGGCCAAAAUCAACGAGAAGGCUGGCCAAAGUUUGGCCGAUCCGCAGCAGUACGAGAAUUUGUUCCCCGGUUUCUAUGAUGCGGUCAAGACGCAGCAGUUCCUGCUGCCAGAGCGGUCCGCUCUGUUGCCAGCCCAAGCUGCCAUUGAUGUUCCACUGAAUAUCGAUCGUGAUCCGGUGGCGGAAAUGAAACAGGCAGAAAACGAAGGACGAUUCGAUUACGAUCCGAGUGCUGCGAGCAGUGCGGAAGCAGGAACCACCAGCGCGACGCAAGGCAAUCUCACAUCCACUAUCGCGAAGGACAGUUCUGCUACGGUAUUGGCAGCAGAGGUCGGAAGAGCUGCUGCAGCGCCAUUGCUAGAGAAGACCCCAGCCAGUCAGCAACCACCCGCCGCCAAUCCGAUCAAGCGAAAGAGCUCGCUCGAUGACUUUGAGUCGGAAAUCGAGGCGCUCAAUCUGGACGAUAAUAUUGACACUUCGGAUGUAAAUAUAGACGACGAUCUGCUGAGUGAUUGAAGGGCGCGGGCAAUCGGAAGCGAGAACGAGAGCGAGCAUUAUUCCCCUCCACCAGCAUCAGCAUCUGCUGAAAUCCCCCUUUUACUAGGCGAUAGUGAAGAGUAUAUAGAAGUUUAUUAUAAUUAAAUCUACUGGAAGAACAUUACGUUAAGGAAAAUAUAGAAAACAGUAAAUGAGAAGUGGAACCAUUUAUGGGAGAAGAACACGUUGGAGCGUAAAAGAAAUGGCAAAUUGUGCAAGGAAAAACUGAUCAAGUAUUGUAAGCAGACUCUAAAUAGGAACCAAAUUUGGCGUUUCGUUAACUUCAAAAAAAUAUACACCUUGCUAGAGGAUGAAGGCAUUCCUUUACGAUGUUAUAAAAGUUUUCUCAUUUUUUGAAAUGUUCGACGAAGCAGAAAAGCAAGAUCAAAUGAUAACGUUUGUUCGUUUGAGUGCUUGAGAGUGAGGAAGAGAAACAAAGUUUGAGUGGAAUAACGAAGACAAAAACCGUUAGAAAGAUGUUGCUACUUUUUUAACCGCUGUCUUGGGAUUAUUUUCUAUAUGUUAUCUCUAUGUUAGCAAUUACGCUGCUGAUUGUUCAUUACAAACUAUUGAGUUUCAUUUUUAGGGUAAUGGCUUAUAUCAACCUACAAACCUUACUUCUAUCCGUUGUAACUUUCCAUUACACAUCUCUUGAUACUUCACUAGAAAGCAGACAGAUAAACUUAACGAAAAUUAAUAGUUUACUGAAAAAAUGGAAAACCAGGCGAAGCUAAUAAUAUAAGAAAAUCAGUAUAUUACAAAA